GAAGUUUCAAAGUCAAUUCAAAGCUUUAUUCGUAGUUACGCAAUUUUUAGACAAAAUAUUGCACGGUAACAAUGUACGUGUGUGAAUAAUUUAUAAAAUAACAAUAUUCAUGAUUUCAGGAUAGCGAAGAUACCUAUUAUUUUCUUGAGGCCUAUGGUAUAUUGUCAGCGUACAAUUUUAUUUCAUUUUCCUGGUAGCCUAUAAACAAUAGGUAUAACGGGUUACUUCGUGCCUCUUAUAUCUGUGAUCUGUAGUGCACGGGUUUGAAGCUUGGACUAAUUUUUUUCAUUUUUUGCCAAGGCCAAAUUUUUAGAGAUUUUAUAUUCACUGCCUAAAUUGAAAUAAUAAAAUUCUUAGAACAGUGUAAUCCUAGCCUCUAGGUGCUUGAAAUCUGCAAGCGACAGCUAACGAAAGCCAAGUGGGACACGGCAAAAGAAUUAGGAUUAACGAGAAGCCGCGGUGGGAAGAGACCGGCGCUGCCUUCGGGAGGUCGUCGUCUGAAACAACACAGCCAGUGAAACGCAAAAUGGGGUGGUGGCUGGAAAAAUUCGACUCGUUCCUGAACCGAUCUUUCUACAAAUUAGGUGCCAACAUCGCUACUAACACUGGCUACUACAUUAUCAUCCCCAUCCUGCUGACUGCUAUCUGUGCCACAGGCUUCCAGAGAAUCCAGUACGAGGAUGACCCGGAGUAUCUUUUCGCUCCGACCAAUGGCCGCGCCAAGCAAGAACGUGCCGUCGUCGAGGAAUUUUUUAAGGUCAACUUUACAUGGGACUUUCAUCCAGCUCGCGUGACCAGGAACGGACGUUUCGCUCGCUUCAUUAUGGUGGCUAAGGACAACGGAUCUUUAUUGAGAGAGGAAGUCUGGAAUGACAUAUCGACUGUCGAUCAAAUGGUUCACAACGUCACGAUUGCCGAAGAAGGCCGAAAGUUUCAGUAUAAAGAUCUCUGCGCCAUUUGGGGCGAGGAGUGUUUCGAAAACCAGGUUCUUGACAUCGGGGAACUUAUCCCCGAAAUAAACAACAACACCUUCAACUUGACCUAUCCGUUCAUGUUGAACCCAAGGACCUUCGAAUCGUACGUUUUUCCGUUCCACUUCGGUGGCAUCGAGACGUCGAACUCGAGCACGAUUGUGUCCGUGAAGGCCAUCACUCUCUAUUACUGGAUCAGGACGCAAGAUUCUCGACAGGACAGGAUGGGUUCACUUUGGGAGAAGCAGCUGUUGGCUGAUUUCAAGGACUUGGACAUGGAUAACGUUAUAGUUACGUUCUUUACGUCCCGCACGCUGGAAACCGAGCUGGAGAACAACACCCAUUCUGUGAUACCUUACUUCGGCCUCACCGUGGCCAUCAUACUCGUCUUUUGCCUCCUCACAGUCAUGAUGGGCGACUGCGUCAGAAGCAAGACUUUGCUUGGGCUCGCUGGCAUCCUUUGCGCUGGACUCUCGUGCGCUGCGGCUUUCGGACUUCUCAUAUAUAUCGGCGUGCCCUUCAUCGGCAUCAACAUGGCGGCGCCUUUCCUCAUGUUGGGUAUCGGCAUUGACGACACGUUCGUGAUGCUCGCUUCUUGGAGACGCUCCCGCAUCCAGGACCCGGUUCCUGAACGCCUGGCCCACACCUUCGCCGACGCCGCGGUGUCCAUCACCAUUACCUCCAUCACAGACAUGAUCUCCUUCUUCAUCGGCGCCAUCACACCUUUCCCCUCCGUUCAAAUUUUCUGCAUUUAUACCGGCACCGCUGUGCUGAUGACCUACCUGUGGCACAUCACCCUCUUCGGGGCGCUGUUGGCUUUAUCGGGUUACGCUGAGCAGAAGCAACUACACAACCUCGCCUGCAUUCCCGUCAAGCCCGUGUCAGAGUCAAAGGAUGAAGACUGCUGCUACCGCGCGUGCUGCUCUGGUGGAAUCAGCAAAACGGACCCUUACAAUCCUGAGGACAACAAGCGACACGCCAUCAUGGUGCUCUUCAGGGACUACGUGGCAGUCUUUCUCAACAUCCCUGCCGUUAAAGCCCUUGUCGUGUUGAUCUUCUUGGGCUACUUAUCCGUGGCCAUCUGGGGUUGCACGAUGGUCACCGAGGGACUGGAGAGAAGAAAGCUGUCACGUUACGACUCCUACUCCGUCCAGUACUAUGACCUCGAAGAUACUUACUUCAGGGCAUUUCCUUACAGGAUUCAGAUUAUUUUCGCUGGCGACUACGAAUACCACGACAACGCUACGGCCGACGCCAUAUUGGGGUUCUUGGAAAAAGUAGAGGCGCUACCCAAUAUUGGUGACCCUUUGUACACCGUAUCCUGGCUACGGUCGUGGAGAUCCUUCAUGGAGAGGAACGGCGAGUACCUCGGCAUCAACAACACAGACGAAGUUUCCUUGAUACAGAACCUCAAAGAAUACUAUUUGUCUGGAUCGGCGAACAUGUACGCACUUGACGUGGCUUUGAACGAGGACGAAACUCGCAUCAUUGCUUCAAGAUUCGUCGUACAGGCCUUCGAAGUCACGGACGCACUUAAAGAUCGUCAGCUUAUGGAAGAUCUUCGUAAGCUAGCCGAUGAGUCUAGUCUGAACGUCACGGUCUUCCAUCCCUUCUUCAUCUUCUUCGAUCAGUUCACGCUGGUGCGCAGUACCAGCAUACAAACCAUAUCUCUGGCAGCAGCUAUAAUGAUGGUAGUUUCACUCAUAUUCAUUCCGAAUCCCCUCUGCUCGCUGUGGGUUGCCUUCUCCAUCAUAUCCAUUGAAAUAGGCGUCGUAGGAUAUAUGACCCUGUGGGGCGUCAACCUUGACUCCAUAUCUAUGAUACAACUGAUUAUGUGCAUCGGCUUCAGCGUGGACUUCUCUGCUCACAUUUCUUACGCGUAUCUGGCUGCUAAAGUGGAUACGCCUGAUGAGAGAGUGAAGGAAUGUCUAUAUUCAUUAGGACUGCCCAUCGUACAAGGCGGAUUGUCGACAAUCCUCGGAAUCAUGGCUUUGGUAUUGGCGCCGUCUUACAUCUUCAUCACCUUCUUCAAGACCGUUUUUCUAGUUAUUUUCUUCGGAGCCAUUCACGGUCUUUUUCUUCUCCCAGUUCUGCUGUCGCUUUUAGGACCCGGCUCCUUUUCAAAGAAUAAAAAGAAAGAUGCUGUCGUUUCUCAUCCCAUGUAUUACGAAAACGGAGGUUUCAUUAUGCACAAUGGCAUUGGAUCGAUGCCAGUGCACCCAGCCUUGCCUAUUAGCCCCAACCACUUGCCACCACACCUGCAAUUGUCCACAGACAAACAGCUCCAGAUCCCAAGGCCUAAAAGUUUCGGAAAUCAUCCUAGCCAAAAAAUCGUCACAUCCCCGCCUGUUAGCUGCUACAAGAACAACGCAUAUCUUGGACCUGCUGCUAGCGGUGGCUUGGUUAAGGAAGAGAGUGGAAGUCUUGAGAGGGACUUGGGUCUUGGCACUUCAGGCGAAGAGAGCAGUGAAAGCAGCCUGCGUCAGGGAGUUGGUCGUAAAACAAGUGCCCUCCCGACCAUUGCUGACAGCAGGAAAAUAAGGGACCCGGGUCACGAAGCUUACCAAAACAAUGGCUAUAUUAGCGACAGUUUUGAAGCAGAGAGAAGGAGGGCAUUUGAACGUCGUGGAGACUACUUUGAUGAAUGGGACAAUCAUCAACCAGAACGGAAUCCUAGAUGGCAGAGCGCUCGAUACAACCCAUCUGAAGCGCGUGGAUACAGACUAAAUCGCAACGAACAAUAUCGCGGUGAGCCCUACCGCCCACACAGACACAGUGCCGACAACCCCCGGAAAAGUGCGAUUGAACGUCACCGUAGCAGUGCCGACAACUAUCGUAGUAGCAACACUGCCGCCACUUCAGACCUGCGCAACAGCUCAGAAUAUAAACGAACCAACUCUGAUAACUACCGUAGCAGUGUUGAAGUCCCUAGAAAUAGCAAAAGUCGUUCACGUGAGCGCCACUGAUGAGUGCCAAAAACUUGAGAAAUUUCAAGACGCCUCUUCGUGUGUUAUAUUGUAAAUAAUUAGCUGCCAGACGUGCCCUUGUGUGCCAUUCCAUUCAUUUAGGCUUUUAGACAAGUGGAAAGAUUAUCUGUUGGAGGGUACCAGUGUGAUGCGAAUGACCUCACAAGUUUCUGCGAAGUUCAGUUACCACUUUUAUUAUACCAGUGGCAGUUUCUCCUUUUUUUGCAAAUGACCAUGCGCAAGUGACAUUUUAUCAUUUAUGGUAGUUGUUUCAUUCUCAGAGGGGUAUAGCGACGCUCUCUGGCACUGACGCUCAAGACGGCCCUGUAGGAACCGCUAGAGUUGCUAUAAAUGUCGACAUGUUCCUGUGAUAACUACCGUCCUUAUUAAUAAACUUAAGCAAUGUAUUUAUACCUGUGUUUGCAGACUAUUUUGGUAAAUGUGAGAACUGACUUCGAAAAUCAAUUUUGGCAUGUAAACUGUCGAUUGAAGAGUAACUCGUGAUGUGACCCGAAGCUCUUGGAGAGAUCCAAGUCAAGCUGAGUAUCUGUUGGUUGGAAUUACAAUGUACGUAUAGAAUCUCAGUUAUCCGACACCAAAUAAGUUAUAAUGUAAGGAGAUGACUCGGAUGUAGGUUAUUUGACUUGGUGGUCACGAGAAUUGGCCAUUUGAACUCGAUGGUUCGCUUUGAUCGAAGCUCGACGAAGUUGAACACCCUGAGAAUGUAUUUUUCCUGCUAUCAGACAAAGUGCGCACGGCUUCGCGAUUCUUUUCAUAUCGUUGUGCAUUGAAUGUGGAGUGAGCUUAUACCCUUGAAUUAGCAAUACUUAUAGUUCAGCUUUCGUCCCAUAUAUGAAGAGAGCUAAGAUUUUCUUUUUUUUGCCCACCACUUUUACCACGUGUAAAGUCGUGCUUCCCUUUUCCUCGUACUUCCUGAACGUUAACAAUUUUUUCCAUUCCUUCCUGGCUUUCUCUUAAAUUAUUUAGAACACGAUACUAUGCCUUGUAAACUUUCACUUUAAGGAUUACUUUUUUUGCUCAACUACGUGAAGAAGCGAACUAAAGACACGCGUGUACCUACAUGUCGAAUAUCUCAUGCAGCUUUGCCCAUGUUUUGUUGCGUAUCAUAGCAUAUAUAGGUUGCAUGUCUAUCAUGGGCUCCUUGAAGUGAUUGGGUGGAAUCGAAGUAAAAAUACUGCCGUGCGACCUUCAAUGGGAGCUUUUCACUUGUACCUCAGUGAUGUAUAACCUUAAAAUCGAGAUACUAGAAUACUGGAAUUUUAAUAAGAGUUAAGUUCCAGAUUGUGACAUUGUGUGACGAUGCAUUGGACUUCGAUGAGCGAUCGCUGGACUAGAUUGUGGUUUUGUCAAGGGUAGUAGUGUUUUAAGUGCCGCGAUUUUUAGUUCCUGCUGACUUUAACGAAGAUUUUAGUGACGCCCCUCGUUGGAAUUAAAGUAAUAAUUAAAUCGGGAAAUAUCGUAAAUGGAUAAAUUUAACUAACUUGUAAGGUCACUUAUUAGAUAUUUUUAGACAGGACAUGACUGGCAUUUAAAUUCUGUGAAUACCGGGUAAAUUUUAGUCGUCGUUUGUAGACCGAAAUCACCCAGAAGAAGGAAUCCAGCUUUGAAAAUUAUACUUUUGAAGUUUCUCUAGGAUUCGGUGGCCUAUGUAUUAAUUCUGAAUUUGCCACCAGACUGAAAUAUUUUGCCAUUGUAAAACAACUUUCCGUAUUUCACAUUAAAUUCCCUUGUAAAUAAUGUCCUAAGUUGUUAUCCAUGAAAGUUUUUUGAAGUAACGUAGCAACUUGAACGCAUUUGAUUUUUCUUAGUAGCCAAAUUGAUGGCGCUCACGUCUCACGAUGUUCUUGAACUCUUAGUUUUUUAUCGUUUAAUGCAUGGAGAGUGAUUGAAUUGAAAUUUAAUUUGAACUAAUUCUACCGACGGUGGUUGCGGCUGUCCAGCUCCUAUUACAUUUUGGUAUAUAAAAAGAAGCCAAUUGAACAAAUUGCCACAUAGUUGUCACAGCUUAUUUGUGUUAUGUAGCAAUUGUAAUCUAUGGAUAUCAUCUCCUUAGCAUGCAGAUUCAUGUACAUAAACUCGUGAAUAAUGGAGUGCUCUUAGCCGUUUUGGACUUUUCAUAUUUGCCUGUCUAUUGUGCUUUUAAUAAGAGGUUCCGAAUAUGGCUUGGGCGUAAUUUUUCCGCGACCAUAAAUGUAACUGCAGCUCUUUUUCAUGUAGUCUGGAUGAGCUGAAACUUGUACAGAGAAUGCGACGUGGAUAAAGAUUAUAUUCAGGAUUUAAUGUC